AGGAGGGACCAGGUGGGACUGUUACCUUCGACAAAACUGUUUCCCUGCGGGGAUAAAUAAAAUGAUUGUAUUAUUACUACACCAACUUAUAUAUUCAGAUGUUUCUCAAUAAAUCAUCCUCUUGGGAGGACGGGUCCUUCCAUAUGAGGUUCUGGUUCUAGAUCAGGUUCUGGUUCUAGUUCUGGUCCUGGUUCUGGUUCUGGUUCUAGUCCUGGUUCUGGUCCUGGUUCUGGUUCUGGUUCUGGUUCUGGUCCUUGCCGCUGCUCUGGAGGUUUCAGACCAGAGUCUUGAGACACUUGGUGAUGUUAUUGAGGCCAUUUAAAUAAAAAUGAAUUGAACUGAAAUGCUGUUAUUUAUAGUUAUAGUAAGUUCGAUAAAUUAAAUCUCCAGGAAACUGUUCGUGACCGGGAGCUAGCUUAAAGCUAAAGGUUAACUUUUUGUGUUGACCCGGAAGUUGUCGCCGUUGCUAGGAUACCGCCGCACCAACAUCGUUGCUAGGAUACCGUUAGAGAGAGAGAGAGGACGACGCUCCGGUGGUUUAACGGAGGUUUAACGGAGCUUUAACGGAGGUUUAACGGUGAAGAUGGAGAUCGUCCACGUUUACACGAAGCUCCGCAGCGAGUUCGGCCGCCAGUGUCUGUUCUCGGACCGGCCGGCGGAGCUGCUGGUGGACGUUCCUCCGGACCCGGAGCUGGGGCUGCAGUUCACCCGCAGGGCCAGCAGGGAGCAGCCGCUCCAGGCCUGCAGGGAGAUGUCCGAGCACCAGGUGAACACCGAGCGCUUUGAGUCCAGCAGCUGUGGGAUAAACCAUGUGGAGGGGGGGUGGCCCAAGGACAUCAACCCCAACGAGAUGGAACAAACCAUCCGCUUCAGGAAGAAGGUGGAGAAAGACGAGAGCUACAUGAACAGCAUCCUGCAGCUGGGCAGCCUGAUGGAACACUGCAUCCGCCAGAACAACGCUGUGGACAUCUACCAGGAAUACUUCCAGGACGAGGACGAGGUGGACGAAAGUCAGGAACCGCCGUCCGCUAAGACCAUCAACGUCUUCAGGGAUCCUACCGAGGUGAAGCGCUCCGUCACUGGCCUGUCCUGGCAUCCUGACGGAGGCAGGAAGUUGGCGGCCGCCUACUCCUGCCUCGAGUUCCAGAGAUCGUCCAGAGACAUGAGUCUGGACUCCUACAUCUGGGACGUGGAGAACCCCAACCGACCAGAGACGACUCUGAAGCCGCCCUCUGCCCUGGUCUGUCUGGACUACAACCCCAAAGACUGCCACACGCUGGUCGGAGGCUGCUACAACGGGCAGAUCGCGUACUGGGACACCCGAAGAGGAAGCCAGCCGGUGGAGCUGUCCUCUGUAGAACAGAGUCACAGAGACCCGGUCUACAAGAUCAUCUGGCUUCAGUCCAAGACCGGGACAGACGCCUUCUCUGCUUCCACUGAUGGACAGGUCCUGUGGUGGGACGUCCGUAAACUGAGUGAACCCACGGACCGUCUGGUUCUGGACCCGGGUCGUGAGGGGAACCUGGACCGGGCUUUCGGAGCCAUCUCUCUGGAGUUUGAGUCCACCAUGCCCACUAAGUUCAUGGUGGGGACGGAGCAGGGCGUGGUGGUGUCCUGUAACAGGAAGGCCAAGACGCCGGCCGAGAAGAUCGUCUGUACGUACGACGGACACCACGGACCCGUCUACGCUCUGCACAGGAACCCAUUCUUCCCCAAGAACUUCCUCACGGUCGGAGACUGGACGGCUCGAAUCUGGUCUGAGGACAUCAAGGAGUCCUCCAUCAUGUGGACCAAGUACCAGACGUCCUACCUGAUGGACGCCUGCUGGAGUCCAGUCAGACCGUCCGUCUUCUUCACCGUGAAGAUGGACGGUGUGUUGGACGUCUGGGACAUCCUGUUCAAACAGAGCGACCCCAUGCUGAGUCUCAAGGUGUGCGACUCGGCUCUGUACAGCCUCCGGGUCCAGGACUCCGGGCGUCUGGUGGCCUGUGGUUCUCAGCUGGGGGAGGCCACGCUGCUGGAGGUCUGCUGUGGACUGUCCACCCUCCAGAAGAAUGAGAAGACCCUGCUGGCUGCGAUGUUUGAGCGAGAGACGAAGAGGGAGAAAAUCCUGGAGGCGCGACAGAGGGAGAUCCGUCUGAAGGAGAGGAGUCGAUCUGAGCAGAGCAGGGAGGAGGAGGCCGGGAGGGAGGAGGGGGAGGACGACCCCGACAAGAUGGCCGCCAGAGCAGAGAGCGACUUCCACAGCCAGGUGGAGGCGGAGCUGAGGAGGAGGGAGAGGAGGGAGGAGGAAAAAGACGUCUGUGAAGAAAAAGAAGUGAAAAAUGAAAGUGGAUGAAACUUUAUUUUCUGUUCUGUAGUUUUUACUGUUUUCAAUAAAAGUUGUUAAUUCAAGCUGGA